CCCUCCCUCCCCGCCUCCGCUCGCUUCGACUUCCUCGCGGCUUCCCACCAACCCGGGCUCCGGCGCGCCGCUCCCAGCCAAUGGAGCCCAUGGACAGCCAGGUCACCGCCGUCGCGCUCUCCGACUCCGACAGCUUCUCCGUCGACGGCGCCGACGCGGCGGACGCCGACCUGCAGGCGCUCCGCCGCCUCUCCGACAACCUCGCCGCCGCGUUCCGCUGCCCCGACGACUUCGCCUUCCUCGCCGACGCGCGCAUCGCGGUGCCAGGAGCGCCCGACCUCCGCGUGCACCGCUGCGUGCUCUGCGCGCGCAGCCCCUUCCUGCGCGAUCUCUUCGCGCGCCGCGCCGCAGGCGCCGGCGAGGGGAAGGACAAGGACAAGGUCGAGCUCCGGGAGCUGCUCGGCGAGGAGGUGGAGGUCGGCUACGAGGCGCUGCAGCUGGUGCUCGAGUACCUCUACAGCGGCCGCGUCGGCGCCCUGCCCAAGGCGGCGUGCCUCUGCGUCGACGAGGGCGGCUGCGCGCACGUCGGCUGCCGCCCCGCCGUCGCCUUCAUGGCGCAGGUCCUCUUCGCGGCCUCCACCUUCGAGGUCGGCGAGCUCACCAGCCUCUUCCAGCGGCGGCUCCUUGAUGUCCUUGACAAGGUUGAAGUAGACAACCUCCCAUUGAUCUUAUGUGUUGCAAACUUAUGCAGCAAAUCUUGUGCGAAACUGCUCGAAAGAUGCCUUGAGAUAGUAGUUCGGUCAAAUCUUGAUAUGAUUACUCUCGAGAAGGCUUUGCCUCCAAAUGUUGUUGAACAAAUUGUUGAUGCAAGGCUAAGUCUUGGAUUAGUUUCCCCUGAAGACAAGGGCUUCCCUAACAUACAUGUAAGAAGAGUACACAGAGCGCUGGAUUCUGAUGAUGUGGAGCUAGUCAGGAUGCUACUCAAGGAAGGGAAAACUAAUCUUGAUGACGCAUAUGCAUUGCACUAUGCUGUCGAACAUUGUGACUCGAAGAUCACAACAGAGCUUCUGGAUCUCGCACUUGCAGAUGUUAAUCAUAGGAACCCGAGAGGUUAUACAGUUCUUCAUAUUGCUGCUAUGAGAAUGGAGCCUAAAAUCAUUGUCUCCCUUUUUUUGACCAAGGGAGCUCGGCCAUCAGACCUCACAUUUGAUAAUAGAAAAGCAGUACAGAUCUCUAAGCGGCUUUCAAAGCAUGGGGACUACUUUGGGCCUACUGAGGAUGGAAAACCUUCUCCAAAAGAUAGAUUAUGUAUUGAGAUACUAGAGCAAGCUGAAAGAAGGGAUCCACAACUUGGAGAAGCAUCAGUUUCUCUUGCAAUAGCAGGAGACUGUCUGCGUGGAAAAUUGCUGUACCUUGAAAAUCGAGUUGCUUUGGCGAGGAUAUUGUUCCCCAUGGAGGCAAAGGUAGCAAUGGACAUUGCUCAAGUUGAUGGAACCAUGGAAUUUAACCUUGGUUCUAGUGGUAAUCUGCCUCCCGGGAUACAGCGUACAACUGUUGAUCUAAACGACACUCCUUUCAUAAUGAAGGAAGAACACUUGACUCGGAUGAGGGCCCUCUCCAAAACAGUGGAACUUGGGAAGCGCUUCUUCCCGCGGUGUUCAAAAGUACUCGACCAGAUCAUGGACGAUGAACCAGAGCUGGCUUCCCUCGGGAGAGACACAUCCACAGAGAAGAAGAGGAGGUUCCAUGAUCUGCAAAACGUGGUCCAGAAGGCGUUCUGUGAGGACAAGGAGGAGAAUGACAGGUCGGCCCGUUCAUCUUCCUCGUCAUCGACAACAUCGAUGGGAGCCGUCCGCCCUAGGAGAUGAGAGGAAACCGUCGGCCCGCCAUUUUGAUAGCUGAUGCCCAUCUGUGUAAAAUGUCCGCAUGGUUCUAAACGUCCAGCAUUGCCUGAUAUUCUCGGUGGCUAAUCUGUUGGCCGUAUAGAGCUCUUAGUUGUGCUCACUUGUGCUUGCUUGUACAGUAUUACUGCAAGAGAACCAUAUAGUGCUUAGUAUCUCCAUAGAAUUCCGUACUGAUUGUAUGUAAAUUGGGUAGAUGCUUGGAUUUUGAAUGGUUGUCGUAGAGGUCAGCGAUGGAUAGUGUAGUGGUAAAAUGAAAUGCAACUGUUCAUUACCAGUUCA